AUGACAACAAUAACAACAAGUGGGUCUAAUUCUAAUCACAACAACAACCGCCAACAUGACGAUAGUUCCGUAACCAACAACAACAACAACCCUAGUAAUAGGUCUUGGGGAACUGUGGUUUCAACUCAAUCGGUAUCCACUAGCGGUGGAAGUAUGGGCUCUCCCUCGAGCAGAAGCGAGCAAACCAUUACUGUGGCUACUACAUCUGCUACCGACAGUGCCUUUGUGCAACUGAAUAAUUUGGAUAUUCAGGGUGACGAUGCUGCUUCUCAAGGACCUUCUUCUGGUGGCAAGAAGAAGAAGAAGAGGGGACAGCGUGCGACUGGUCCUGAUAAAACUGGAAGAGGCCUUCGUCAGUUUAGCAUGAAAGUUUGUGAAAAGGUGGAAAGCAAAGGUAGGACUACUUACAACGAGGUUGCGGACGAGCUUGUUGCUGAAUUUGCACUCCCAAAUAACGAUGGAACAUCCCCUGAUCAGUAUGAUGAGAAGAACAUAAGAAGAAGAGUAUAUGAUGCUUUAAACGUCCUCAUGGCUAUGGAUAUAAUAUCCAAGGAUAAAAAAGAGAUUCAGUGGAGAGGUCUUCCUCGGACUAGCUUAAGCGACAUUGAAGAAUUAAAGGCUGAACGACUCUCACUUAGGAACAGAAUUGAAAAGAAAACUGCAUAUGCCCAGGAACUGGAAGAACAAUAUGUAGGCCUUCAGAAUUUGAUACGGAGAAAUGAACACUUAUAUAGCUCUGGAAAUGCUCCUAGUGGCGGUGUUGCUCUUCCCUUUAUCCUCGUUCAGACUCGUCCUCAUGCGACCGUAGAAGUGGAAAUAUCAGAAGACAUGCAGCUCGUGCAUUUCGAUUUCAACAGCACUCCGUUUGAGCUCCACGACGAUAACUUUGUCCUCAAGACGAUGAAGUUUUGCGAGCAGCCGCCAUAUAACAACGGUCACAAUAACAGCCAACAAACUUCUCACACUCUCAUGCUUGAAAACAAUAACGAAGGCCCUAGUACCGAUCCAGCUCCGCCUCAGCCAGCGGCUACUAUGUACCAGUCUCAGCCACAAAUCAGUCCCUCGCCGCCUGUGACUAACAACGACGUUGCUCAGGCGACAUCACCACCUGUCUCGGUGAAGCCGGAGAAGUAAAACACGUCGAAGCUCAACAGUCAUUGUAUAAUAUCUGUAAAACUGUAGUCUUAAAGAUCAAAAAAAACUACCUGUUUUUUUUUUUGACAGAGAGCUUAGCGGUAAAUUUGUACUGAUGGUGUACCGGUUUGGUAAUACCAAAUCUAGGAUUACUUUCUAAACCAGUUGGAUUGAUCGAUGCUUGGUUUUGUUCAGUCGGAAACCGGC